CUUCCAUUCUUUGGGUUUCUUUUUUGUUAUCUUUUUUUAAAGUUUAUUUAUUUAUCUUGAGAGACAGGGAGAGAGAAAACUUCAAGCAGACUCUGCACUGUCAAUGCGGAGCCUUACAUGGGGCUUGAACUCACGAACUGAAAUCAUGACCUGAAACCAAGACCCGGGUGCUCAACUGCCUGAGCCUCCCAGGUGCCCUUCUUUUUCACUUUCUUGAUGAUGUUCUUUGAUACACUAAUUUCAAACUUGAAUUGUGGCCAAUUUCUCUCUUUUGUCACUUGUGCUUUUAGUGUCAUAUCUAAGAAGGCAUUGCUUAACCCAAGAUUACAAGGCUUCAUUACUAUUCUUUCUUCUUUGAGUUUUAUAAUUAUAGUUCCUACUACAGUUAGCCUUUGAUUUUGUGUGAGUUGAUUUUUAUAUAUGGUGUGAGAUAAGGGUUCUAACUAUUGUUUUGAAUGUGGAUAUCUACUUGUCCUAGUACCAUUUCUUGAACAGACUAUUCUUUUCCCAGUGAACUGUUUUGACACUCUUUUUCAAAGUUAGUUGACUAUAAAUGUGGUUUAUUUUUGGUCCUUCAUUUCUUCCCUAUUCAUCUGUAUGUCUGUCCUUAUGCUAGUACCAUAACAUCUUAAUGAUGGUAGCUUUGGAGUAAGUUUUGAAAUUGCAAAACAUUGGUAACUCUUUCAACUUUGUACUUCACUUUCAAGAUUAUUUUGGAUAGUCUGUGUCUUCAUAUUAACAUAAGAAUUUUAGUUUCAGAUUGCUAAUUUCUGCAAAGAAGGCAGCUGGGAUUUUGGCAGGGAUUGUGUAUGUCAGUAGUAUGGGCAUUUUGCUAUCUUUGCAAUAGUAUGAUUUAUCUAUCUAUCUAUUUAUUUAUUUAAAACUUUUUUUUUUAAUGUUUAUUUUUGAGAGAGAGACAGAGUGCAAGCGAGAGAGGCAGAGAGAGAGGGAGACACAGAAUCUGAAGCAGGAUCCAGGCUCUGAGCUGUUAGCACAGAGUCCAGCGUGGGGCUCAAGCUCAUGAAUCUCGAGAUCAUGACCUGAGGCAAAGUCAAUGCUUAACCGACUGAGCCACCUGCGUACCCCAUCCAUGAACAUUUAUAAAAGUCUUUCAAAUUCUUUCUCAGCAAUAUUUUAUAGUUUUUAUAGUAUUAGAUUUGUACUUCUUUUGUUAAAUUUAUUCCUAAGUAUUUUAUUCUUUUUAUGCUAUCAUAAAUGUACUUAUUAGUAUUUUUAAAUAUACAUAUGUUUUUUAACUCUACAUCCAACAUGGAGUUUGAACUCAUGAUCCCAAAUCUAAACAGUCACAUGCUGUACCAACUAAGCCAGUUAGGCACCCCAAAAGGAAUUAUUUUUAAACUUCAUUUUAGGUUAGUUAGUUCAUUGCUCGUGAACAAGUGGGGGUUUUUUGGUUUUUUUUUUUUUUUGUAUAUUAAUCUUGUAUUCUGUAAUGUUGCUGAAUUUGUUAAUUAGAUCCAAUAGUUUUUAGUGGGUUCUUUAGUAUUUUCUGCAUAAGAUUAUGUUACCUGUGAAUAGAGAUAGAUUUGCUCCUUCCCUCCUUCCUUCCUUCCUUCUUUCCUUCCUCCCUCCCUCCCUCCCUCCUUCCCUUCCUUCCUUCUCUCCUUCCUUCCUUUCAGUGCCCUGGUUUGAAUCUCUAGUACAAUGAAUAAAAAGUAGGGGCACCCGGAUAGCUCAGUUGGCUAAGCGUCUGACCCUUGAUUUUAGCUCAUGUCAUGAUCUCAUGGUUCAUGGGAUUGAGCCCCGUGUUGGGCUCUGUGCUGACAGUGUAGAUCCUGCUUGGGAUUCUCUCCUUCUCUCUCUGUCUCUCCCCCAAGCUGUGUUUCAAAAAUAAAUAAAUAGACAUUUAAAAAAACAUUGUAAGAGCAGAUAUUCUUGUCUUAUUUUGAUGUUAAGGGGGAAGCUUUCACUAUGUGGUUAGCCGUAGGCGGUUCAAUAAGUGCUUUUUCUCAGGGUGAAGAAAUUCCCUGCUAUUCCUCAUUUAUUUUUAUUGUUGUCACUAUUGUUUUGAAUCAUGAAGGAUAUUGGGUUUUGUCAAAGCCUUUUCUGUCUAUUGAGAUGGUCUUGUGGUUUUGUUCUGUAUUGUAUUGUGAUUGCAUGUUACAUUAAUUAUUUUUCAGAUACUAACCCAACCAUGUUUUCCUGGGCUAAUUCUCACUUGGUCAUAUCUAUCCCUUUUACAUGUUGCUGGAUUUGGUUUGCUGAGGCCUGUUGGUCUGUUGCUGUCUUCUGAUGUCUUUGCUUUUGGCAUAAGGGUAUUAGUAGCCUCAGAAUGAGUUGAGAAGUUUCCUUCCUCCUGUAUUUCAUGGAAGAGUUUGGGAAUUGGUAUUAGUUCUUUAAAUGUUUGGUAGAAUUUAAAAUGAAGCUAUCUUUUAGAAUGCUUGGUUCAGUCGGUGGAGCAUGUUACACUUGAUCUUAGGAUUGUGGGUUCGAGCCCCACAUUGGGUAUCGAGAUUACGUAAAAAUAAAAUAUUAAAAGUAAAACCCAGCUUUUGACUUCAUUAUUUUUUUUUUUAAUUAUUUAUUUUGACAGAGACAGAGAUAGCAUGAGUGGGGGAGGGGCAGAGAGAGAAGGAGAGAGAAUCCCAGGCAGGCUCCACACUGUCCACACAGAGCCCAAUGCUGGGCUUGGGCUUGAACCAUGAACUGUGAGAUCAGGACCUGAGCGAAAAUCAAGAGUCAGACGCUCAACCAACUGAGCCACUUAGGCUCGCCUCCCCUGCCCCUGCCCCCAACUUCUUUUCUUUUUUUUUUUUUAAUUAAAGUUUACUUAUUUAUUUUGAGAGAAUGUGAGUGGGGAGGGGGGCAGAGAGAGAGGGAGAGAAUCCAAGCAGGCUCUGCUCGGCGUGGAGCCCAACACAGGGCUCAAUCUUCUGACUGUGAGAUCAUGACCUGAGCUGAAACCAAGAAUUGGAUGCUCAACUGACUGAGCCACCCAGGAGCCGCAGUUUCAUUGAUUUUCUUAAUUAUCUUUGUAUUUUCUAUUUAUUUCUGCUCUGAAUUUUUUUUUUUUUUUUUUUUUGAGAGAGGAAGAGUAUGCAAAUGGGGAAAGGGCAAAUGGGGAAGGGGCAGAGGGAGAGAAUCUUAAGCAGGUUCCAAGCUCAGCAUAGAGCCUCUUGCAGGGCUCAGUCUCAUGACUGUGAGAUCAUGACCUGAGCUGAAAUGAGUUAGAUGCUUAACCUACUGAGCCACCCAGGCGCCCCUCUGCUCUGAUUUUUAUUUUUUUCCCUCUGCUUGUUUUAGAUUUUGCUUGCUUCUCUUUUUCAACAUCUUAAGGAAGGUUAGGUUAUUGACAUAAAAUCUUUAUUUUGUAACUUAGACAUUAACAACAGUAAAUUUCCCUAAGAAAUGUUUAAGCUUCAUCCCAUAAGUUUUAGUAUGUUGUUUUCUCAUGUCAUUCAUUUCAAAGUAUUUCUUAAUUUUCCUUAAUGAUUUUUUUUCUUUGUCCCUUUGGUUUUUUUAGUUAAUUCUGCUUAAAUGGGAAUUUACUAAAUUUCUUUGUGUUUUUGAGCUCUAAUUUCAUUACAUUGUUAUUAGAGAACAUACUUUGUGUGAUUUCUGUUCUUUUAUGUUCAUGGAGUAGGUUUCUCGCUCUAGCUUAUGUUCUAUCUUGGAGAAUAUUUUUCAUAAGCAUUUGAGAAGAAUGUACGUUUUCUUUUUGUUGGGUGAAGUGUUGGGACUAUUUUAUUUAAAUUUCAAAAUAAUCUAAUGAGAGACUAUUUUUAUUCUUACCUCCAUUUUACAGAAGAGCAAACUGAGGCUCUAAGCCUCACUUGAUUGAUUAACUUGUCUACAGUCAUAUAGCCCAGAGUUGGUAGAGGCAGGAUUUGAUCCUACAACUUUUCAACUUUAAACCUAUGUCCUUAACCUGCCAUUGAGAAAGAAAGUGUGUUAAUGACAGCUACUGGUUUGGGAGAGAUAGGAGCUGCGAAUACUGCUUUGAUGAGCCACUGCUGAAAAGAACGGAUAAAUACCGGACUUACAGCAAGAAACACUUUCGGAUUUUCAGAGAAAUGGGUCCCAAAAACUCUUACAUCGCAUACAUAGAAGAUCACAGUGGGAAUGGAACCUUUGUAAAUAGAGAGCUUGUAGGGAAAGGAAGACGCCUUCCUUUGAGUAACAAUUCUGAAAUUGCACUUUCAGUGUGGAGUAAUAAAGUUUUUGUAUUUUUUGACCUGACUGUAGAUGAUCAGUCAGUUUAUCCUAAGGAAUUAAGAGACGAAUACAUCAUGUCAAAAACUCUCGGAAGCGGUGCCUGUGGUGAGGUGAAGCUAGCUUUUGAGAGGAAAACAUGUAAGAAAGUAGCCGUAAAAAUCAUCAGCAAAAGGAAGUUUGCUGUUGGCUCUGAGAGAGAGGCAGAUCCGGCUCUCAAUGUUGAAACAGAAAUAGAAAUUUUGAAAAAACUAAAUCAUCCUUGUAUCAUCAAGAUUAAAGACUUUUUUGAGGCUGAAGAUUAUUAUAUUGUUUUGGAAUUGAUGGAAGGAGGAGAGCUGUUUGACAGGGUGGUGGGGAAUAAACGCCUGAAAGAAGCUACGUGCAAGCUCUAUUUUUACCAGAUGCUCCUGGCCGUACAGUACCUUCAUGAAAACGGCAUUAUACAUCGGGACUUAAAGCCAGAGAAUGUUUUACUCUCAUCCCAAAAAGAGGACUGUCUUAUAAAGAUUACUGAUUUUGGGCAGUCUAAGAUUUUGGGGGAGACCUCUCUCAUGAGAACCUUAUGUGGUACCCCUACCUACCUGGCUCCUGAGGUUCUUAAUUCCUUUGGGACUGCUGGAUAUAACCGAGCUGUGGAUUGCUGGAGUUUAGGAGUUAUUCUUUUUAUUUGCCUUAGUGGGUAUCCACCUUUCUCUGAGCAUAAGACUCAAGUGUCCUUGAAGGAUCAGAUCACCAGUGGAAAAUUCAACUUCAUUCCCGAAGUCUGGGCAGAGGUCUCAGAGAAGGCUCUGGACCUUGUCAAGAAGUUGCUAAUAGUGGAUCCAAAGGUGCGUUUUACAACAGAGGAGGCUUUAAGACACCCAUGGCUUCAGGAUGAGGACAUGAAGAGAAAAUUUCAGAAUUUGCUUUUUGAAGAAAAUAAGUCGACGACUGUACCCCAAGUCCCAGCCCAGCCUUCCACGAGUCGAAAGCGACUUCUUGAAGGGGAAGCAGAGGACGCUGACACCACAAAGCGUCUGGCUGUGUGUGCUGCUGUGUCGUGAACACUGGCUGAAUGAAAGCAACCUGCCUUCUUGGACCCUGCUGCCACUUUCUUGAAGUCUGUGUUUUAUAGUUUGUAUCGUAAUUAUGGGGACGGUUCCUUUUCCACGAUCAUCAAUACACAAUUCUAAACCUAGUGGAA